ACUACUAUAUACCACUCGGUUGCAAUUUUAAAGUCUUUUGUCUGAACCUCCACCCUAUCGAACUCGAGGCAAGAAAGCUACCAUGAGCCCAGACAGGCGUUCAGACCCAUAGAAAAGAUCAGCUAUGGUUGACGUGGAUAAUCCGUUCCAGCAGUUAGAGGCUGCGAAAAGGCAGCUUAUUAUGGAGUUCAAAGAAAAUGCAAAGUCCGCUCAAGAAUUUGAAUUUUGGAAAAGAAUGGAAAUUGUGAGGGACAAUUAUCCACUUUCGCAAGAGGACAGUUCAUCAGGAGAAACGACAGACGAAGAGCAGGUCAAGGGGGAGAAUAUGAAAAAAGGCAAGAAAACAGAUGAAAAGAUUUCAGAUGAAGAAAUAACUCAAAAGAAGUCAGCUGCUAGAGAAAGAGCAGACGAAGAAAAGGUUUUAAAAGAACAUACAGUUACAUUCCAAAUACCUCAGAUGGAACAUGGAGCAGGGGAUGAUAUACUUUUGACUCAAAAGGAUUUUAUAUUUCUUAGUGAUGGCAUGGAGCAUGACUUCAAUCAUAACGCUACCAGAUGUGAAUCUCUGAUCAGUUUAUUUGAAAACAAAGAUAGCAAUAGCCAUGGAGCUUUACAGUUGACAGAAGACAAACUUAAAAUAAAUAAAACUGAUCACAAAUACGUAUCAUCUGAAAAGGCCAAAGAUUGCAAGGUUGGAAUCAAAGAUCUCUUCAAAGCAGCAAAGAAAACAGCAAAAAUGGAAGCAAAGGAAUCUGAGAAGAAAAGAAAACUGAAAGAAAAAGAAGUAAAGAAGAAAAGAAAAAUGGAAGCACGUGAGACUCAAAGGAAAGGCAAACUAGAAGAAAAUGAAUAUAAAAAUAAAAUAAAAAUGGAGGCUGAAGAAUCUAAGGAGAACAAAACACGAGAAGAAAAGGAAAUUAAGAAGAAAAGAAAGAUGGAUAAAAAGAGAGCUAAGAACCAAAAGAGAUAUGAAAAAUGUGUAAGAAAGGGAGAAAAAUACGAGUCAAAACAGAAAAGAAAAGAAGAAAUGAAAUCGUCCCAGGAAAAAAUUAUAUCAGAGCAAUCUAAGCAAGAAAAGAAAGUUGAUCGAAAUGGUUCUGAAGAAAAAAGGAAACCAGAAACAAACGACAAAAAAGAAAACAAGUUACAUAAAUCUAUUUAUGAAACAUUUAUAACUGACUCAAAGGAACGCAAUGGUAAGGUACUAAAGGAGAAAAAAGAAUCGAAAACUAAAGAAUCCCAUGAGAGAGAAAAGGUCAAAACAAACAAACUACAAGAGAAAAGAUUAGCUGAAGCCAGUGAACUUGAUGGAAAGCGCAAACGUGGAGCAAAUGAAACUGAGCUAAACGAAAAUCUUAAAUCAAAGGAAUUUCAAGAGAAAAUGGUUACAGGGGAGAGGAAACCAGUGAAUAAACAUAAACUGAUGGGUUUUGUCAGAAGCCUUGUGAGAUUCGUUUGGAUCAGACAUUAAAACAUUCAGUCAAACCUGCUCCAAUCAAAUUUGUUGAACAGCUGCAUUACCAGUUUUUCCGAUUUUGUUGGUUUAUUUAUGAAUUUGUAUUUC